UGAGGGAAGGGAGGAGCUGCCAGUCACUUGCUGGAGCCUUGUGCGUGCAAGCAUAGCACUCCGAACCAUCAGGUCGUGACAGCCAUGCGAUUUGACGCCGAGAGAAGGUUUGUGGCGAUCGCAAUCAUGCUUCAUGCGGCGAAGCUUCAUGCGAGAUGCGAAGGGAGCGGGAGGAAACAACAAGAGAUCUUUGAGUCAAGGAGAAUGCAAUCUACGAUCAUGCGACCUGAAGAGCGCAGCUCAAUGCAUAACUGCACCAAAGAAGAAGAAUCGAUGUUGAUCUUCUCCAAGAGAUUUCCCGAUGCGCAUCGAAAGGAGCUGGAAAGGUUUUUGAAGAAGAGCAGAGGAGACGUAGAGCGAGCGAUAGGCAAGUACAGCAGGUUUGUCAGUUGGAAGGAAGAGAAUGUUGCGUCCAUGGCACAUCGUGUUGAGAAACUCCCGGAGUUCAUUUGGAACUGCGGGGAAGCAAGGGACGGCUCUGGUUUUAUGUUUGUGCAAGGCGCGAUGUACGAUCCCAGCAGAGGAACUGCACAGGACUACGCGGUCUACACAGUGAAGAAAAUGCUCGAGAUCGACGCAAACUCAAGUCUACGACUCACAGUCCUGAUCGACGUGCGGGCGGGACACGGAUGGCCGAACCCACCAGCCACUAGCCUGCUGUCGUACCUCAGACAAGUGGCUCCCCUGCUCAACGAUUUCUUUCCUGGAAGGCUAGAGCGGAUGCUGAUCUACCCCGUUCCUCGCACCGCUGCGAUCGUGUGGGAAGUCGUCCGAUACUUGUUGGAUAGCACGACCGCAUCCAAGAUUCGCAUGAUAUCAGGACGUGACAGGUGGGGAGACGUGAGGAGAGGCGAGCAGUCGUUAUCAUACAUGCGAGUGAUGGCGCUGGAGAGACCAGCAUCGAAGGUCGCCUGCAUUGAAAUCAACAACGACAAGCAUGGGCAUGGGCUCGCUGAGGAUACCGGCUCCCAGGAAACGACGUCGUUGCCCGGGAGAUGCACUUCAGGAUACCUAAAGGCUCAGACGUCAACCAAGGCGUCAAGGCUGGGGCAUAAGGAGCCUCACAAGCGGCAGCCCGGGCUCUGGUCAUAG